UUUUUCUUAUAUAUCUAUCGCUCCAUACUUCGGAAGUUGAUCCAUCAGGUUGACACGACAACCUUUACAUUCCUCUUUACUCCUGCUGGCAGGAAUUUGAUCGACUCUCCCAAAUAUACCAAUUUCUACAUUCCUUAGAUUUUGUCUCCAAGGCAAACAUCACCACUCUUUUUAUCCGUUCCCUUCCCUGUGUUCCUCUUCCCUCUUUCCCUCUGUCACAUCUGCACCAUGACCUACCACUCAUUCUAUACCACCUCCGCAAUGGAUCAAGUCACCAAGCCCGAUCAAAUGAAUCACUUCCAACACCUCAAUCGAACUGCCCUCCAUGAGUUUGUGCGACUACCGGUCUCUCGUGAGAUGGUAGCGCAUCUGGCGAUGCAAGCUUCGCAGGUCAUCCGCUGCGAGCCUCAUGUGACCACGGCCAGCGCGCAUGGCCAGCCAACACCUCCCAGUACGCCUCCAUUGGACGCGGUAGAUUCUCAACUGCCACCGUUGCCCUCAAUCGAAACAUUUAUCGCUUCACUGGUCACCCGCUCUCAAGUUCAGGUUCCGACCCUGAUGACCUCACUGGUCUACCUGGCCCGCUUGCAGUCCCGUCUUCCGCCUGUCGCAAAGGGCAUGCGCUGCACUGUUCAUCGCAUCUUUCUCGCCUCACUCAUUUUGGCAGCUAAGAACCUGAAUGACUCGAGUCCGAAGAAUAAGCAUUGGGCCCGCUACACUGCCGUCAAAGGCUAUGACGGCUUUGCCUUUUCCCUCCCUGAGGUGAAUCUGAUGGAGCGACAGCUGCUAUUUCUCCUGGAUUGGGACACCCGCGUUACGGAAGACGAUCUCUUCUGUCAUCUGGAACCUUUUCUGGCCCCAAUGCGGUACUGCUAUCAGAUCCAAGAGCGCGAGGCCGAGAUGCGCCAGCCGCGUGAAUGGCGCCGUCUUCAGGCCUCUGCAGAACUACUAGCUUGUCGCCUUCGCCGCCAGAAAUUGGAAGCGCGCCUCGAGGCACGCCGGUCAGAUUCUGUCCAUCGCCGCCAGCGGCUGCCUGCGAGCCCGGCAUCGUCUGUUUCGCUGUCUUCACUGUCGUCUAGCACAUCACCAGCGUCCCUGGCGGACACUGAUCGCUACCAGCCCUAUCGCCCGCGGCGGCGCCCGUCGACCCGCACUAGUGCCUCGGUCUCUCCUCCAUCCGUUCAGGAUGUGCCAUCACUCACCCGAGUCGAAACGGUCCCUUCGUUGAGCUCGCGGGCAUCAAGCAUUGCCCCAAGUUCCCGCAAUGCCACCCCAGCCAGCCUACGCACAUCUAGCUCGAUCACUAGUAUGGAGGCUGACGUCCGGGUGAUUGACGGAGCGCGUAGUCCAUCUCUCAGCGGCGGAUACGUACCCGUACCUACAAUGAUGCCGUCUAGUGCCAAGAUGGAAGAAAUCCAACAGCCUACGAAGAAGAUGCGUAUGGCUGGACACAGUGGACAUAGCGGGUUCGUCGCUCGAUUCCUAGCCUCCGCUGCGGGCUCCUAUAUGGGAGGCCGGACGCGCUCUCACGUUUAAUCUCUAUUCUUCCAACGUUGAGCUGGUCUCAGCCACCAAUUUAUACCCCCGUUCUUCCCACCCCAUCCUAAUACCCGUUUGUUAUCUCAGAUGAUAUUCUGCUUCUCGUAUGUUCCAAGAAAAGUGCCACCCUGAUAUCCCCAAAUACCCACAAUUUUCCAUAGGUAAGUCUUCAACUUGUUUAUGAUUGCAUUGCACGGCUGGCGUUGUUUUCUUGUCCUCUUUUUUAUUUUAUUUUUAUUUUUUAUAUUUUUUAUUCAUGUUUAAGCCAACUCUCGUUCAUAACUUUGAUUCCAUGGGGGCACUUUUGUUGGUACAGAUUGCCUAGAUAUUACGCACUACA